UCCAGUGACAUCCAUAGACAGUGACAUCUGAACCGAUCCAAUUAAUAUCAGGAGUUUGUUUCUAAUUUUAUGCAAAAUUGUUAUCUUUUUUAUUAUUUUAACCAUUUAUCAUUAAUGGUAAAUAAAUAUACAAUCCACAAGAAUAAUAGUGCAUAAAUUGAGAAGCCCUGCAAGAAAGAAAGGCUAAAGAAGAUACAGUUUUAAAUAAGACUCUUAUUCUGGUAUAAAAAAUGGAGAGUGAACAAUUUUCUUUAUCGUGGAAUAAUUUUCACAGUAAUUUAAGUGCCGGAUUUCAUUCGUUAUUACAAGAUGAAGAUCUGGUUGAUGUUACUUUGGCAGCAGAAGGGCAGUACUUGAAAGCCCACAAGACCAUUCUAUCUGUGUGUAGUCCUUAUUUUAAAGAAUUAUUCAGAGUAAACCCUUGCAAACAUCCCAUUGUAAUAUUGCAAGAUGUAAACUAUAGUGCAUUAAAAAAUCUAUUACAGUUUAUGUACUAUGGAGAGGUGAGUGUCAGCCAAGAAGAAAUUCCUAUAUUUAUGAGAGUUGCAGAGACUUUAAAAGUAAAGGGUCUCACUGACACUGGCUCAAAUGGUUUUUUGGAAAGAAUGACAACUGAACAUAUAGAAACAAGACCUGCUGAAAGACAUCACAAACCUUCUAAAAAGAUUAUCAAACAUGUACAAUCAAGAUCAACAGAGAGUCCACAUUCUUCAUACUCAUCUCAUCCCAGUGAGUCUCCAAGACUGGUUAAAUCACCUGAACCAACACCUGUCAAAAGAAAGUUCACUGAAGAAUCCAGUUCAGAAGUUAUUAAUAAAGCAAUGCUGAAUCCUAAAGAAGAGCCUGUAGAGCAAAAUGAAGAAUACACAGACUUAUCAUAUGAUGACAGUUUAGACAUGUCUUCAAUGUUGAAUACUUCUAUCACAGAGUCCCCUCAUCCUUCAGGCAGCUGGAUGCCACCUAAUCAGACACAGUCGAUGACAGAUACCUCAAGUCCUG